AUGGUAAAGGAGCUGCCACAGAGGCUGUUUCUGGGCCAAGACUACAGGUCACCUGUCAGUGUCAAAGUCUUCUCCUCCUGGGACUUCUGUAUCCGGGGACAGGAAGCAGCCACCAUCAAGAAGCACGAGAUCAGCAACGAGUUCAAGGUGGAGCUGGAGGAAGGGCGUCGAUUCCUGCUGAUGCAGCAGCAGACCCGGACCCAGAGGGCCUGCCACCUGCUCACCUACCUGCGGGUCAAUGUCCUCAUCGGGCUCCUGGUGGUCGGGGCCAUCAGCACCAUCUUCUGGGCCACCAAGUACUCACAGGACAACAAAGAGGAGUCUCUGUUCGUACUGCUACAGUACCUGCCCCCGGGGGUCAUCGCCCUGGUCAACUUUGUGGGUCCCCUGCUCUUUGUUUUCCUCAUCCAGCUGGAGAACUACCCUCCCAACACUGAGGUCAACCUCACCCUUAUCUGGUGCGUGGUGCUGAAGCUGGCCAGCCUGGGAAUGUUCUCCUUCUCUCUGGGCCAGACUGUGCUGUGCCUUGGCAGAAACAAGACCAGCUGUGAGUCCUUCGGCUACAACGCCUGUGAUUACCAGUGCUGGGAGAACGCGGUCGGGGAAGAGCUGUACAAGCUGAGCAUCUUCAACUUCCUCCUCACGGUGGCCUUUGCCUUCUUUGUCAGCCUGCCUAGGAGGCUGCUGGUGGAGCGGUUCUCAGGCUCUUUCUGGGUCUGGCUGGACCGGGAAGAGUUCCUGGUGCCCAAGAAUGUCCUGGACAUUGUGGCCGGCCAGACGAUCACCUGGAUGGGCCUCUUCUACUGUCCCCUGCUGCCUCUGCUCAACAGUGUCUUCAUCUUCCUCACCUUCUACAUCAAGAAGUACACCCUGAUGAGGAACUCCAAGGCCUCUCCCCGAAGAUUCCGCGCCUCCAGCUCCACCUUCUUCUUCCAGCUGGUGCUCAUCCUGGGCCUGCUCCUGGCCGUCGUGCCUCUGGGCUAUGUGGUCAGCAGCAUCCACUCCUCCUGGGACUGCGGCCUCUUCGCCAACUACGCGGCCCCCUGGCAGGUGGUCCCAGAGCUGAUGGCCCUCCGGCUCCCGCCCUCUGGCCAGCGUGCCCUCCGCUACCUGGGCUCCCACGCCUUCAGCUUCCCCGUCCUCAUCCUGCUCAGCCUUGUCCUGACCGUCUGCGUCUCCCAGUCCCAGGCCAAUGCGAAGGCCAUCCAGCGGAUCCGGAAGCAACUGGUGUGGCAAGUCCAGGAAAAGUGGCACCUGGUGGAGGACCUGUCGCGGCUGCUGCCGGAACCGGGCUCCGGCGUCUCUGUGGGGCCCGAGGCCCUUCCCUCCCGAGCUUCGCGCCCGCGAUCCUUCUGCCCUGGAUUCCCGUGCCCCGGCUCCCCGGGCCCCAGGACCCCCAGGCCCGGACCUUGCCUCGAGGAUCCCGCUGGGCUCUUCGGUGACCCGGGCCCCGCGCGUAGAUUCCGCCUUCCCAGCGGCUCAGAGCUGUAGCAUCGACCCCUGCCUCGGGCCCGGAGCCUCCCCGGGGCUCGACCCACCUCCCCCACCAGAGUCCCCCUGGCCCCAAGCUCCUGCCCCUCCCCGUGCCGGACAACACUGCCCCUCUCAGUGGGCCCUCCAGCAGGACGCAGGAGAGCCCCCGGGCAGCAGGAAAAUAUGGUAACUUGUAUUUCUAUUUUUAGCCGGGUCCUGUAAAGUUUCUAUUUUUGUUGGAUGGUUUAUAACGUACAUAAUACAUUAGCAUAGUAACCCA